CGGCGGUUGUGCCGCCACCGCCUCCCCAGCUGUGCGUCCCGGCUGCCCAAAGCUGCUUCACCGAGGAGAGCCUGGCGCACCCGACCGGGCCCGCGGGCAUCUGCUGCGUGUCCCGCUCCCGGCUCAGCGGUCCAGCCGCCGCCGGCGCUGCUUCGAUGUUCCAGUUGCCCAUCUUGAAUUUCAGCCCCCAGCAAGUGGCGGGGGUAUGCGAGACUCUGGAGGAGAGCGGCGACGUGGAGCGCCUGGGUCGCUUCCUCUGGUCGCUGCCCGUGGCCCCUGCGGCCUGCGAGGCCCUCAACAAGAAUGAAUCCGUGCUGCGCGCGAGAGCCAUCGUGGCCUUCCACGGUGGCAACUACCGCGAGCUCUACCAUAUCUUGGAAAACCAUAAGUUCACCAAGGAGUCGCACGCCAAGCUUCAGGCUCUGUGGCUCGAAGCGCAUUACCAGGAGGCUGAGAAGCUGCGUGGACGGCCCCUGGGGCCCGUGGACAAGUACCGCGUGAGGAAGAAGUUCCCGCUGCCGCGUACCAUUUGGGAUGGCGAACAGAAGACACACUGCUUCAAGGAACGCACGCGGCACCUGCUGCGGGAAUGGUACCUCCAGGACCCGUACCCCAACCCCAGCAAAAAGCGGGAGCUCGCCCAAGCAACUGGACUGACCCCUACGCAGGUGGGCAACUGGUUCAAAAACCGCCGACAAAGGGACCGGGCAGCUGCCGCAAAGAACAGGCUCCAGCAGCAAGUCUUGUCUCAGAGCUCCGGGCGGGCUCUAAGAGCCGAGGAAGAGGGCACGCCCGAGAUGCUGGUCGCCGUCGCCAGCCCGGCCGCCAGUCUAUCCAGUAAGGCAGCCACUUCGGCCAUCUCCAUCACGUCCAGUGACAGCGAGUGCGACAUCUGAGCUGCCCGCCCAGCACGCUCAGAAACAGAGUGCGGUGUACAAAACGAGAAAAAAUAAAGGAAGGAGGAAAGAUGAAAGACCAAGAAAACCCAGCGCUUUCGCAGCCAGGUGGCCAGGGGCGCGGGAUGAGGGAUCCGCGAGCUCCGGUCGCCGUGUCCGCCCCGUGGCCCGCGCGGCUCCACUAGCGCCCUCCGGCCACUACCGUGGGCAGGAGCCCACGGUGAGGCCCGACCCAGCGCCACGUUCUUCUUGCUUUGCUUUUUCCCAAGGAUUUUGCUGCAAAGAUGCCUCCAGAACCUGAACUGCACGCUGAGCGCCUGCCCUGAAUCUCCGUGGGUAUUUCACGUCGAAAGGACGCUGUUAUAUAUGUAUAACUUUUGCUUUAAAGUUUUUUAAACAAAACAUAUAUAUGCUGUUUAUUUACUUAUUUAAAAGACUGCCAUGGUACGUUUUUCUGUAUCUUGGGAACUUGCUGUUUCUAAAGGCGCAGGGUGGAGCUGAGGGGCUUGUGUGAAGAAGCCAAACAAUAAAAACCUGGUGAGCAACCUUUCUUAAUUAA